UAGGUGACGUCGAUUUAACGAUAUUGAACUCUUUGUUGUUGUGUAGCUUCAGCCUUCAUGCUUCAUCUUGUAGCGGUGGAUUGAGUCGAGCAGAUUCAGAUUUACUCCUGUCUACACAGACCUGAGUUGUCUUGAUUACACUGUGUGUUAAUGUUCAGUAGAAUUUGUUCUUGGAGAGCUGUUGACUUUAGCUAUUUCCUGCCUACUCAUGGCUAACGAGCGGCUCAGAGCUCUGGAGGAGGUGGAGAAGGAGAUAGCGAUGAUCCUGCAGUGUGCCGGUAAUAUAGUUCUGGAACUCUCCAAAGACAAACACAAUGCCAGCCUCCUGGACAGACAGCUGGUCCAAUUCCAGAGCUCCGUCAACCGAGUGGAGAGCGAACUGAGCGCCCAGAUUCGUUACCUCACACAGGUAGCUACUGGUCAACCUCAUGAAGGUUCCACUUAUUCAACCAGGAAGGACUGUCAGAUGGCACUGAACAGAGCCGAGUAUGCCAAGGUCAAAUUGGGAGAACUGGGACGGACCUGUGAAGUCAUGCUGGAGCAGCAGCAGACAUGAGAGCAGAGAGGGAAGCUGGCUGUCUGAUGGAACAGUGACCACUGGGCUUACAGCAACAUUUCACUCUGAUACCUGAUGUGACUGUAACUGCCCUCAUUCUCCACUUCUACCAACAGCCUUAAAAUCUUUUCAUAGAUACUUUUUAUUGUUAUUACAAAUACUGAAAGAUCACAAGAAACACAAAGAAAAAGUCAAAAGAAUUAUUUUUGUUAUAUACAAGAACUCAGAUUUUCUAAGUAGAGAAUGUUGCACUUCUUGGUAUAUUUUGUUGUUUGGUGGUCCAUUUUUCCUAUUUAUGUGCAUAGCAGGCCAUAUGUAGACCUUGUUAAGAAACUUCUAAUGCAUCCUAAAGAAAUUUUAUACCAAAUGUUUCAGCAUUAUCAGUACUUGUCAGGCUCUGGAUUCUCUGGAGCUGUGAUCAUACAGGGAGAAAUCCAGCAGAAAUAAAGCAGAGGUACAAUUUUCUCCACCAAUAGAACCUCAGCUGUAUGGAAUAUUAUUAGUGACAAAAAUACCGAGUGACAAAGGUCAAGAAUUGAGAGUGAACAGGGACAAACUCUUAAGCUUUGAGCACAAGUACCCUGAUUUGGUUUGUACUUACUCUGAAAUGCGCUCUCAGUAUUUCCUUCAGCUUCAGUUUUGUCAUAUUCUGCACACUUGAGAAUGUUAGAAGUUACUUACCAACAGUUUUAAUUUAUAAGGAGUCUAAAAGACCUGCCCAUAUCUUGCUAUUAGCAUCAUAUAUUUUGCACUGUUAAAAGUCUUUUGGACAGCUGUUAAGGCUGAUGGAGCACAAUGAAAAGUAACUCUGGACUGUCCAGGAUUGUCAUAAUGUGUAUCACAGUCCUGGAAGACCAUUUCAAUCAGUCAGCAACUCCUAAAAUUUGUUACAGGAAGAAUGUUGAAAACACUAACUCACUGGAUGGUAUACAAUCUUCUUAACAAGUUAAAAGGCAGUGCUAGGGUGCAUAGUAACAAAGUCAAAUGUGAUUUACUCUGACCAAGAAAGGUCUCCUCCAUUAAAGGCAGCACAACACAUGUAAGAUCAAAGAUGUAGUGCACUUAUUGCUGCCACUGGUGGCCAGAAGUAGCCUGAUAAUCAGACUGAAUUGCCAUUUUGUUUCAUUUCAUUAAUUUAUUCAUUCAUUACAUUGUUUAAAUCAAUGAAAAAUUGGAUACAGGGCAGCGAUAUAGAGGUAUUGGGUUGGAAGAUAUAUUGAGGAGACAACCAUUUUAUUCAGUAGUGUAUAUAGCUUCCAGUCACCAGUGGCUGCACUGAGCAUAUUGCAGCCGAGCAGCAAUCCAUUUGGUAAAGAACUCCUGCGCCAUAUUUGGUUUUACAUUGUUUGUUUUGGCUUUAAUAGAUGAGACCUCUCUCAGUCUGGGUAAUUUGUCGUUGUUGUUACUUUGUACCCUAUCUAUAGUUUUUUGCCACCAUAAAAGUCACUAAGAAGAUUACCUACCAUACAGUGAGUUUCUAUUUUCAAUUGACCUCCUGUAAUGAAUUCUAUGAGCCGCUCAGUGUCUGAAAUGUCCAUGUUCCAGGAAAUGGCUAUCCAGGACCUUGAUACACUGCAUGGCAGUCCUAGAUCAGGGCUAAGUGGAAAGAAGCCUGACGUUAAGAGGAUGGGGUUUAACAGGAAGACGCUUCACAGUGCAGUGAAAGUAAACCUCGGUUACGUACACUAAACUACCCCCAUUAACUCUCAAAAUGUAAUUAUAUUUGUCCUGCACACUUAAGGAUGUACCAUGCAUCUUACAAUUCACUAAACCUUGUAAUUUCAAAAGCUUUUGUCCUGUUUUACAUCAGUUCAAGAUCACAUCACACUCCAUUUGACAGGUGGAAGCCCUGUAACAACUUUUGUUAUGUUUUAAGCAACAAAUAAAGACAUUUUUUAGUUAAAACACUUGA